AUGCCUACCGCUUGGGGAGACCAACCACCGCUGUUUGAAGGAUCAACUAUUAUCAAUGGAACAAUCGAGCAAAAACUCGACCGCUUAGCGAUACGAGAAAUCUGCGAGGGCUGGCCAACUCACCGAGAUGCACAAGAGUGGUCGAGGUAUCGUGACCUCUUCGCGGAUGAUGCGUAUAUCUUUACCACCUGGUCUCUGGAGGCUGUACCGUAG